AUGCCUACUAUAGCACAGAAAUUAUGUCAAGAUAUUGUAGUUCCAGGAUUAAAAUUAGACGAAAAUGUAAAAGGUAUGGCGUCUGGGAAGUUGCUUAGUAGUUCUAUUAGGCACAGUGUUAAAUCAACAAUAAGCCAGCGAUCCGGGAGUUUGGACAGGGCGAAGUUAUUGAAAUAUGAACCGCCAAACAUAAAUAACUCCAAACUACGAGGAAAUAAAUCUGGAGUAACUGUUACAAAAAAGAAUAUAACUAACACAUCGGUUAACACCCUUGUAUCGGGACCAUUGAAAUGCGACAACAACUGUGUAACAUCACUUAGAAAACGAAAUAAUCAGGGAAAUUGCAAAUGUAUGGAUGGUAAGAAGAAAGUGAACACUAAAGAAACUCAAACCUUGCUUAAAGUUAAUUAUUCUUUGUCAGACAAAGCCUGCUUUCAAUGCAUAGAGCAGGUUAGCUGUGGCACCCAAAUCCUCGAUAAUAAAAGCAAUGUCAUGAAACAAAUUGGUAUAAAUGUUAAUAGCUUGAAACCACCAACAAGAGUGAAAGAAUAUGACGAAGACAUUUAUCACAGUGAUCAAAAUUCUGAUAGAUGUACAUUCAAAUCACAGGAUAGAAGUAGAUUUUCAUCUAACACCAGUUGUAAACCAAAUUUGAGAUACAUAAGUGCAAAACGCUGGGCAGUGACAAACUUUCCAACCAGAGGCCCAGAUUUCUAA